CACUUCUUCUGUUUUGUGAUUGUUUAAUGCUAUAACUCGACUUUUCGCGACAACACCGAUGAUACAUCAAAUACACUAUAGAAAUAUAUAAGGUAUUCGAUGGCCGCCGCCUUACCCGGCGCUGGGCCUCACUUUUUCAGAUGCAGAAAGAGUGUUGGCAAAAAUGGUGCAAAACCAUCAGCAUCCAAGACGCAUGCAAACAAAGAGGACAUCGAUCACUGGAGGAAGCAAGUGGAGAAAGCCUCUGCGUUUGCCUUGUCUGAGGUCUUCUUCCCGGGGAGAGCCCAGACGGGAAGCAAAAGCCUGGCUGUGGCCCUGCGGAGCUGGGAACAGCUGAGGGAUCACGAUGAGACCUAUGCUGAAGCUCAAGCUUUGUUGGGAGACUGGCUGGACAACACGUGGAAGCCCGAGCUGGAGUUACCUGGCCUGAGGUGUGAGAAGGGGAGCCCGGCCACGCCGCCGCCCCCUGCCUUCAACUAUGACAACUUUGAUGAUCUGUACGAGCACCUGGCCGGGGAAGAGGAGCGCCGUGCUGUCGACAACUUCCUGCAAGGCCUGAAGAAGCAGGAAGUGUUGCACGGAGGGAUGAUGAAGAAGCUGGCGGCGGACGGCGGCGGACCCAACAGGGCCUUCACGGACCCUGUCGUCACCAUGGAGCUGCGCCACCAGCAGGUGCGCGAGAACAGGGCCAUAAGCGACGAGGAAGCCAAGGAGAGGCGAGAGCGGCAGCAGGAGGAGAGGAAGAGGCAGGAGGCCAGGAGGAGGCAGCAGGAGAAGGUGCAACAGGAGAUAAUCCGGAUGCGUCGGCAGAGGGAGGAGAGGAAAGGCCUGGAAGAGCGCCUCAGACUGAGAGAAAAAUUGGAAGGUCAACGUGCAGCCAAAGGCCUCCAGCCAGCUCCUUCAUCUCCCGCGAUGCAGCAUCAGCCGCCAGAAGAAGAAGAAGAAGCCAUGCGAUUGCGGCAAGAGAAGAAAGUUGACCUUUUUCUUCACCUGCAGAACCUGAAGUGUCUACAGAGGCAUUUCUCACCUUGGUACUCGGCGGUGAUGGAGCAGCGGCUGCGUAUGGGUAAAGCCAAGGCGCUCUGCGACUGGAGGAGGCAGCUGGCGGCUUGGCGAGCGUGGCGCGCCGUCAUGUGGGCGGGAAGGAAUCAGCGGGAGCUGUCCAAGACCGAGGAGGCGCUCCGCACUGAAAACAGACAACAGCGAGUGGCCGAGGAAAGCGACCGCAGGCGUUUGCAACGGCGGCAUCUGCACGAAUGGCGGCUGCGGUGCCGGCAGGAGCGCGACCGACGCCAGCUGCUGGCCCAACAAGAGGAGACCCGGCGCAAGAUGGCCGCCCUGAUCAACGCAGCCAGGUCGGGCCAGUUCAAAGCCCCGGAAACGCUGACGAGUGACCCGCCUGAAAAGGGUGAUCCCCGGAAAGCUGUCGGGACACGCCAUCGUAAAUCCCCCCCCGCGGGAACUCGAGUCCGCCGCAAGGAAGCCGGCGCGGAGGCCCGGCGCGGAGAUGAGAACCCAGACCAGGCCGAACGUGAGGAGGACUUAACGGGCCCAAAGAGCUUGCAAGAAGGCCACUUUGGAAACCGCCACGCCGCCCAGAGGAAGAUCAUCAUGGAGCAGAGGAGGCAGCUCAAAGAGCAACAGGAGGAGUUUGCCAAGAUCAAGCGGGAGAAGGUCAUGUGUACUUGGGAGCUGGAGGCACAGAAGACUGCUGCCUCCAGACACACGCCACAGCCAAGAGCGCCAACGGAAGCGGCGGAACCUGACGCAUCCCUGCGGCGAAAGGCCAAGCCGCGGACGUGCCCCGUCAUCUCAGCUAUGGAGGAGCGAGCCCGCGUCCGUGCCACGCGCAAGAAGCAAACGGAGGAAGUGAAGAGGGCAAAGGGGGAGGAAAAACAGGCGGAAAUGAAGGCUGCCGAGGAGCAGAGGCAGAGAGAGGAAGAGAUGGAGAAAGCCCAGAAGCAGCGCGAGAGACAGCUGGCCAGGAGGAAAGAAGAGGAGAAAGUGAAACAAAUGAAACUACAGCAGCAACUCCUGGACAGGGCUCGUCAUCACCACGAUAGAAAUUUGCUCCGUCGCCGAGGCCUGGCGCCGUGGAAACGCUUGAUUGAGCUCAAGCAGGCCGACCGAGAGAGGGCCGAGAGUCAUCACUCGGACUUCAUCCUGAGGCGAUGCCUUCUCCGAUGGCGCCGGUCGGCAAGAGAGAUUCAGUCUGAGAAGGAAGCCCUCGCCGAGCGACUGCACCAAAGACUUCUACUCCGGAGGAGCUUAAGCUACUGGAAAAGACUUGAAGACCUCCGGCGACUUCAGGAGGCGCAGGCGGAUGUCUUCUGUCGCACCCACACGCUGAGGAGGUUCUUGCGAGCUCUGCUGGACCACGUGAUCCAGGAGAAGAAUCUGGCGCUGGAAUAUCGGCAGAUGGCCGAGGGGCACGACAACAGAGUGGCGCUCUGGCGAUGCUUCCAGGCCUGGAGGCUCCUUCCCUGUGUGCAGCGGAAAGAAAGAGAGCGAGAAGAGCGGCGCGAGAGGCUUUGUAGGAAAGUGACUGAGGUGCUGCCGAGUUUUUGGUCACAUCCUUUGUGAAAAGACAAAAAAGCCAACAAACUCACUGACGUCCCAGCA